AUGGCGGCGCUGUCAUCAAUCGAAAAUGUCAUGGCUGUGGACCUCCCUGGAUACAACGUCGACCCAAGCUCUGUAUCCGUUUCGGGACUAUCAUCCGGCGGCUUCAUGGCAGCCCAGCUUGGAAUUGCGUAUUCCGGUACAUUCCGCACUGGAUUUGGUGUCUUUGCUGGCGGCCCGUUCGAUUGUGCUCGAAACCAGCAGGUCAGUGACUAUGGCUGUCUCAUGGGCCUGAUCAUAAGUUUCUUACAAGUAUCCAAGUACUCUCUGUGCAUGAACAACGGAAGUCCCAAUAUUCAGACCCCAACACAAAAUAUGAAAACGUGGAGCGCAAGCCAAAUCGAUGACGUAGCAAAUCUAAAACAGCGCAAGAUAUUCAUGGAAGUAGGCACAUCUGACUCCACCGUCGGCCCGAACCCCAUGAACGCCCUGAAGCAACAGCUAUCUGGGUUCGCAACCGCUGGAAACAUUGCAUUCGUAUCUCGGUCAGGCCAGGCGCAUACCUUUCCCACAGACUUUGACAGCAGCGGUAACAACGCCUGUGGAUCAAGUUCGUCGCCGUAUAUAUCCAACUGCGGCUACGAUGGUGCCGGUGCGGUCCUGAAGUGGAUGUACGGCACUUUGCUAGCUCGAUCAUCCAGCGCCCAGGGAACUUUUGUCAAUUUCGCCCAGUCGGGGAAGUAUGGGUCCCUGGGCAUGGAUCAAACAGGAUACCUCUACGUUCCGAAGUCCUGCCAAGACGGAUCCAAAGUCUGCAAGCUGCACGUUGCGCUCCACGGGUGCUUGCAAACUAUCUCCGACAUCCAGAACAAGUAUACAGUGAGCACCGGGUACAAUCUGUGGGCAGAUGCAAAUGAUAUUCUAAUCCUGUAUCCCCAAGCCGUUCAUGAUCCCACGCCCAGACAGGCCUGGCAAGGUCUAGUUCCCAAUCCGAAUGGCUGCUGGGACUGGAUCGGCUGGUAUGGUCAGAACGCGGAUCAAAUAGGGGAUGACUGCUAUAGUCAACCAAGUAAACCAAAUCACCAGCGGUUUCAAGCCGGGUGGCGGCGGCUCACCCUCAACUACAUCAAGUCCGCCCGUUGGCAGUUCAACAACAUCUCAAGAGCUACCUUCGACAACUGCCACUGUUCCUAA